CGUCCCGUAGCUCGAACCUCAACUACUAUGGCCGCCAACACACUGAUGAGCUGUGGCGUAGCCACCACCGCUUUCCCUUCAGUCCUUUCCUCUUCCAAGUCCAAGUUCGCCGGCGCUACGCGGUUGCCUACUUUAGGCGCCACUGUCAGCCACCGUGUUAGCAUGACGGCCGACUGGAUGCCUGGCCAGCCUAGGCCUCCUUAUCUUGAUGGUUCGGCCCCAGGUGACUUUGGGUUUGACCCACUAAGACUUGGUGAGGUACCGGAGAAUCUCGAGAGGUACAAGGAAUCUGAGAUAUAUCACUGCAGAUGGGCUAUGCUUGCAGUUCCUGGUAUAUUGGUUCCCGAGGCUUUGGGGUAUGGAAACUGGGUAAAGGCUCAAGAAUGGGCAGCUAUUCCCGGUGGACAAGCCACUUACUUAGGCAACCCGGUUCCAUGGGGAACUCUUCCAACAAUAUUGGUCAUCGAGUUCCUUGCCAUCGCCUUCGUCGAGCACCAGCGUAGCAUGGAGAAAGAUACCGAGAAGAAGAAGUACCCUGGCGGUGCUUUUGAUCCCUUGGGAUACUCCAAGGACCCUAAAAAGUUCGAGGAAUAUAAGGUCAAGGAGAUCAAGAAUGGUCGUCUGGCAAUGUUGGCGUUCGUGGGAUUUUGUGUUCAACAAUCAGCUUACCCCGGUACCGGACCAUUGGAGAACUUGGCAACUCACUUGGCUGAUCCAUGGCACAACAACAUUGGAGACAUCAUCAUCCCCAGAUCAAUUUCGCCUUGAGAUGACGAUGGAACCUUUUUUAAUAUAUUGUUCAAUAACCCUUUGUGUAAAAUUCCCUAUGUAAUCCAUAAACAAUGUAGUGAAUCAGGGUUUCACGA